AGAGGUUGUAUAGUAUUGAUGUUUAAUGCAAGAAGUCUGUGCAAUAAAACGAAUUGGUCGAAAGACUGAUGCGAACAGAACCGUUUUAAAAUAUGUUUUACAUUCUGUUCUAAGUUUUGAUUCAAGCUUGAAAAUGAUAAACAUUUAUUCCUUUUCGACAAAUACACCAAUGUGGUGGCAGUAUGGAAACUACACUCUGUAACGGUCCGUGUAAUUGAGAAUCAUUCAAAUGUUCGUUAUCAUUCACCAUGGUGUUUGGAGAUUUUGGAGCAAUGGAUUAUGGUUUCAUCAUGGCAUGCCUCGGCUGAAAAAGUAUGAACAGUACUGGGUAAGUUAAGAUAUGCAGCAGUGCGUGUGUCUGUGUAUGUCCAUUUAGAUUUGAUUGUUAUUGCAUAUAUAAAUGUCUUUUAUGUCUAUAAUGCUUUCUAUGUAUUUCGGAAGACAUUUAAGAAUGUAUAAUGUCAAUAUUUUGAUAUUUCACAUGUUUAUCUUUCAGUGUUCUAUGUAAUUCCUUCUUCCCGCCAUUUUACUAGUCUUCUCGAACGUUAAUUGUUUUUUGCAAUAUCGUUGGCUAAGAGGCUUAAUGCUGGCUUAUGAGAUUGAACGUUUAUCUUUAGUAUUUUAAUGGUUUGUCAGUCCUAUGUCAAGCGUGACAUGAGUGAUAUGAUAAAUCUCAAAGUAUAAAACUCAUGACCAAUCACAAACGAUUUCAUUUUACACUUUAAGGUAUGCUUAUUUUAUCAUUUUCUUUAUUUUGUUUUUAAUUAAUUUAGCCGACUUCAAUAAGCAUGCAUUGAGUCUACUAACAUUAAUUGUUUAUAGCUAUGUUUUACAAUUUUACAAAUGUACAUGUAAAUAUCCAGUAUUUAUAAGAUAAACUAACUUCAAUUAGAAUCGAAAGCUUGAUUGUCGAUUCAGGUAAGGCGAUUGAGCCUAUCAUUUAUAGUCUUUGGAAACGAACUUAAAUAUCAAUGGGCUACAAAUCGAGGUUCAAUUUGGGCUUUAUUAAGAUACUUUUGAGAGAAUAAUGGACUUUGAACUUAACAAAUAUUGUAACAAGUGGAACCUUAUUGUGAUGCUUCUUCUCCACUACAUCAGGAUUAAAAUAACAUUGUUAGUUAGUGGAAUUUAACAUUUUGAGGGAAAACAUAUUCACUAAAAUACAACCUGUUAAGAACAUGUCUCGGGAAGUUUUGCUCUACUUUUCAUGAAAAUUUUUACCGUACUAGGAUUGGAAUUGCAAAGUUUCAUUUUGAAAUAUAUCUUUCAGAUAUACAUUUAACAUGAUUUUCUGUUUCAUUUAUGGAGUUUAUUCUAUUUUCUAUAUCUUUACUUGAUUUCUUCGACUUCACACUUAUGAAAUGAGUAAGUAAGUUAAUUUAUGUUGUCAUGUGCAUGUGUUGCUAUCCGCAUAUCAUGUGUGUCUAAACGUUCAGUGUAAUAUGUGACAGUCGCUUUAAAUGUGUUGUACAGCAUGUAAAAUACCCUUGCAUUAGUUUGGAAUUAGAGAACUGGACCCCUUAGAAGGGUAUUUUUCAGGAUGGACAAAUAAUUUAACAUACAACUUAUAUUUUCUAAUGUCUCUUUUAAUAUUUUUGGAGUGACAUAAAAACAAUUUAUUGACAAUCGAUUGGUAUUUGAAAAAGAGGACAAUUUCUGAACAGCUCGGGUGAAAAUAGGGGAAAAUAUUCAUGAUUCGAUACACUAUGAUGCAAAAAAAAUAAGAAAACAUACAAAUAUCAAGCAGUUAUGGAAGACUGUGGUGUAUUUCAUUUCCAAUUCGCGGAGAUAUAUCGACUUAACAUCUGAAUGAAAAUGCAUAUUGGUGAUAGAUAAAAGGUUAUCCAUAGUUGAAGCUCACAGGAAGAUAUUUUUUGUCAUUGAUAAGCUUUUGAAUGAGUUCUGUAUUGUAGAAAUAUGAAUACAGUUCAGCUGGUAAAGCAGCACAAGUCAUGCCUAUGGGUGUUUCUAAAGACCAAUGGAAGACCUGAUCUCCAAAUCCACGUAGAUAUUAACAAUGAAAUUUCCUAGAAUGUUUUAGUAUUAGCGUCAGAAUACUUGUGCAAGAAUCAAAGUGGUAUUGAACAUUGCUUAUUUGAUGCUAUUUACUAAACAGGCAGUAAUAUCAAAAUUAGAUUAGAAAUGUAGUAAAGCGUAAAAUGUGAGUUAUUGUUUCACUAAAUAUUAGCAGAUUUUUAACAAAAUGGAGGCAGAGUAUAAAAUCUUCAUAGAAUAUAUUCAGAAUUAUAAACGUUCAAUUAAGCUGGUAACCAUACUUUGAUGGACUCAUUGGCAAAACACAUAACACAUACACUUAAAAACUACUUGCAUGGUUGAUAACAUUUUUGUGAACACGAGAAUAAUUUGAUUUCAGAAAUUGAUUGUUGGGUACCAGCAAUUAAAAAACAGGAUAUCUAUAUUUAUAUCCUCAAAACCAAUGCAUUUAUAUGUAAUGGUAUGCAUAUAUAUCAACGGGAAACAUAUCAUCUUCGUACUGGAAACGGUACAGGGAAAUAAAUAGAACUAUACUUAUAGAUAUGAGUGUCCAUAUCCAUAUUCUGAAUGUGCUUUGGAUAUUGUCUAAUUUACACCCGUGUGUGUCUGCUGUGGUAUGCGAAGGAUUGAAAGGACUUACAUGUUGUAGUGGUUUUGCUGGAUAUGUUUGGAACCAGACAGUUCACAACUGUACAAGCUGUAUGUCCGGUUUUUAUGGUGAAAACUGUGCUUCGUCUUGUCUUUUUCCGUAUUAUGGCAUUCGAUGUGGCUCAAAGUGCAACUGUAGUGAAGAGGAGUGUCAUCAUCAAUAUGGUUGCAAAAGAAGGCUUGGAGAAUGUGAUCCAGGAAUUUAUGGUAGAUAUUGUGAAUUAACAUGUCGAUAUCCAGGAUUUGGAAAGGAUUGUCAAAUGAAAUGUGAAUGUGAAGAACAGAACUGUAACCCGAUUAAGGGAUGCAUAUUAGAUAACGUUACACUUUUGUUUAACAGUUUUGAAAAUUCAUCUGCAGCAGCUGGGACCGAUCAGGUUACAGACUUAGAUUUGACAAGAAGGAAUGAUGGUUUCUGUGGUUUUCCGAAAGAUUCCAAACACAAGCGUACAAUUUUCUACAUCAGCAUUGUAUUAGGGACUGUUGCAGGCCUUCAACUCAUUGCUUACAUCUGGCUGUCCUUCUACAGACCCACUGUUCCACAGAGGAGUGAGUUACCGAUAUAAUCAGAAUAAAGCGGAAACAGCAACUGUGUCAUCAGAUAUAACAUGUCUGAUAUAACAUGCAACGAGACGGUUACAUUUCAGUUUGGCAGAAAAAGGCAGUUUAGAUGCAUGUUUAUGGUUCGAUUUUACACUGCACUUGAUUAUAAUGUAUAACAUAUAUAAAGACUAUCAUUUGCGGUUUCUCUGUAUUUAACUUCCACGUGUUUAUGAAGAAUUGAAUUUUUAAUUAACCGGAU